GGCCGGCUCGACAACGCUGCGUGUUGAAACAGGAAGAGACUUUCUGCCACAUUUGUUUAGGAAAAGAGAGCAUCGCACAGACGCCAUAUGGAUUCAGAAGGCUUUAUUCAGGGCAGCGAGAUGAAGAAGCAGAGGGAGAGCCAGUGCACUCAGAAGACCAUCUCAUUGCUGAGCCCCCUGGGGACGAUCCAAGUCAGUGGAUGUGAGAAUGGUGUGCACACCAUCCAGAUCCUAAUGGAUGUCGCACCUGCUGAAAGGAGCAGCGAGGCCCCUCUGAGCUGUGUGGUCAACGAUAGCCCGGCAGAAACGAGCCCCGAGUUGCAGCGCGGCGUUGAAUGGCUCCAGGCGUACUUCAGUGAGCCGCGGACCACUGGGAGUCUCCCGCUCCCUGCCUUUCACCACCCCGCCCUGCAAGGAGACGCGUUCACCAGCCGCGUGCUGCACGUACUUCUGAAGGAUGUGAAGUUUGGAGAGACGGUCUCAUACAAACGCCUCGCUGAGAUGGCGGGAAACCCCAGAGCGGUGCGAGCGGUGGGAGGGGCCAUGAGGAGGAACCCGGUUCCUCUCCUCAUUCCCUGCCAUCGAGUCAUUUCGAGCAGUGGACAGAGUGGGCCGUACAUGAGCGGCAAGGGCAACCAUCUCAAACAAUGGCUGCUCACCCAUGAGAGGCAGAGAAAGGAAGGCUAAAGCAUGACGGAGGCCAACUGUCCUUCAUUCACUACACACACACACACACAAGGCCAGGAUUUUUUUUUUAUUUUUAUUUUUUUUAAACACAAAACAGGGCCAUAAAGUUUAGCGUGCUUGGCACACACUGUGGAACAACUGGAGCUACUUCUAAAUAUUCAGUUUAUACUCCUUUUUUAAAUCUAAGAAUAGAGAUGCUGCAUAGUUAAUGUGAUACAGAGUUGUUGCAGAAUUAGAAUGUACAAAAAUAACUUAAACAGAGAACAGUAGGAAUUACAAACAUAUGCUCCCGUGGGUCUCCGUUGCGUUUGCCAGAUAGUGCUGGAAUGGUUUUUCUAAAGAAUUAUUAUUCCCUUAAAAAUAUGUCUCUUGCAUUGUUGUUGUUGUUGUUUUUUUUUUCCUAAGCAGAAUUAGUCUUUGUACCUCUCGUUGGUUUUUUAAUUUCCUGCCAAGUGAAUGCUUUGUUCAACAUCCAGUGAUAAAGGCUCUGAAUUUUACUGCUACAAAGCUUUGUAGUGAAGCAUUUGUUUUGUCUUCAUUUAGAUCUCAUUGUUUGCUCUCGCCUUAUAAUCUACCUAGAGAAGAGACGUCUUCUGCAUUAUAUACUGUACUUAUGAUACAUUAGACACGUUUAGAUAAAUACAUUUCACACUGACAAAUCCUGCCUUUUCAUCAUUUUAAUUGUAUUUAAUUUAAAAAUUGAUUUCAUGUAGCAUUCACUCAGUUCGGAUCAUAAUUAAUUAUGCUGUAUGUCUUCUCUCCCCGCUGCAGCUCUGUAUGUCAGAGCUCCUUCUUUUAUUUCUGAGUGGUGUUUUCCAUUAGAGGGCAGUACAGAACGGGAAACAGAAAUCAACAUUUCAACCUUGAAUUCAUCCUGCACAUUUAAUCUCUAAGUUAAAUGUUUAUUAUGUUAUUUUAUUUUCAUCACAACUCCUUUAAAUCCCUUUGGGAUAAAUUAUUCACUCUUAAACAGACCAUAUGGAGAGGGCAGAUGUGGUGGUGUGUGUUUUGAAAAAUCACUUGCUUUAAUUGAAUAUGUCCUGUACUUUUAUUUUCUACAUUUCCUCACAAUGAUCUGGUGUAAAAUUGACAGUUUAGACUUUUUUUCCCCUUAAAUUCUUCAUUCUACUCACUGUCUAGUGCAGCUCCAGAGUGACCCUUACUUGCCCAUAGUUAUUCCUCCUCUGUUCGGCCCAGGUAGCCUAAUAAUCCAAGCUCCAAAAAUAACCUCAGCUCUAACCUUUACAGAACCAAUUCAAGUGGCCCACUCGCUGAAUACAUUUGAACUUUGCUGCAUUUUUGAAUUUCUUAUCCGAUCAGCUCCGUGUGGCUGUCUUGCCGUGCUGCUGGACUCACUUACUCUGCCAUUGGAGCACCAUCGCAGCGUAGAUGUUGAGGCAGCAGACAGGCAGAUGAAGAAUGAGACUCAGUCUGUGGUUUCACAGAGGGCUAAUGAUGCCUGUGGUGACUACAGGCUACAGUCAGCCCCCUAACGAAGGGAGCUGUGACACAGCCACAAGGGGUCCCAUUUAAGCUGGGCGCACUCUGAAGUGCACUGUAAGCACCCUCCUUUUUUGCUUGUGGCUAAGUAAAUUCUAUGGAAUGCUAUGAAUUUAGCAACCAGAGAUACUGAUAUCUGUAGAGUUGUGCAGUUGAUGUUAAAAAACAAGUCCAGCAUCAAAGCCUCAGACAUCCUGCCAGUAAUUGGCCAUGUAAUUGCUUAGGUACCCAAGGAAACUCUCUGAAAUAAUUCACACCUUUUAUUUUCACCAUUUUUACAUUUUCGUGGUAUUUUAGUAUUUAUCAGCAUUAGUAGCAGUGUUAUUAUUAUGUCUGUGUUAUUUUGUGGUUGUAAUUUUACCAUGUGUACCACUUCCGUAUCAUGCUGGCUCAGAGAUAAAAAGGAAUUAGAUUAAAAGAGGCUGAGACGA